GAUACCGGCGGAUUGACUUUGGUCCCGGCCUUCUCGGGCCUCUUCGCGCCUCACUGGCGCGACGAUGCUCGAGCCGUCGCGGUAGGCAUGACCCUCUUCACCAGCAAGGAGCACAUGUGUCGCGCGGCCCUGGAGUCCACAGCCUUCCAGGCUGUGGACAUUAUGGAGGCCAUGAAGCAAGACACCGGACUCCGCAUCCUCGACAUGCGCGUGGACGGCGGGAUGACAAUCAACAACCUGCUGAUGCAGAUGCAGGCGGACAUCCUGGGCAUGAGCGUACUUCGAUCCAAGCUGGCUGAGGCGACCGCACUGGGUGCAGCGCUGGCAGCUGGCUUGAGCGUUGGGUUCUACGAAAAGAAGGAGGUGGUGACGGACAUUAUCGAGAAGGCUGGCGGCUACGAGGUCUUCAAGGCCUCGACCACGCCCGCUGCAAGAAGAAAAAUGAUGCAACGAUGGAAG